AUGCUGGUUCGUAACUUGAGAGCUCUUGUUCCCCGCGGGUUCUUCUCUUCUCAUCAUUCCUGUGAUGUCCGAAUCAAUCCGGUAACAGUGGCGGGCAGAGUUUUCAGCAACUUGUCUGCUAUCUUGAAUGUUGGGAACAAUGAUAGGAGCACGGUGGAGGAAAAACAAAACAGAAGAAUGAAACCAAAAGAAACUUGUCCGGUUGGUUCGUUGAAGAACUCGGUAGUGAAGAUCUUCUUUGUCUCUAGAGACUAUAGCAGAACUCGACCGUGGGAGACUCGUGCCAAACGACGCACCGGCACUGGAUUUGCUAUCUCGGGAAAAAGAAUUCUUACAAACGCUCAUGUGGUGGAAAUACUGAAUGAACACACAUCUGUGCAUGUCCAAAAGCGUGGUUCUACAAUCGAAUAUAAAGCAAAAGUUCAAAAGAUUGCACAUGAAUGUGAUUUGGCCAUCUUGGAGAUCGAUAGUCAAGAGUUCUGGAAGGGUAUGAAGCCUUUAGAGCUCGGAGGCAUACCGCCUCUUAAGAAAGCUGUUUUCGUUCUUGGUUAUGCAACUGGUAACAGAAUUCGAAUUACAAAAGGUCUAGUAGCUAGCUUUGAAACCGAAAAGUACCUUCAUAGUGACACCGAGCUAGUGAGAAUACAAAUAGAUGCAACUAUAAAAAAUGGAAACAGUGGUGGCCCUGUAAUCUUGGAGAAUAAAGUCGUUGGUGUAGCAUUUGAAGGUUCACAGAUACAAAGUUCUCUUAUCCCAACACCAAUUGUUAAGCAUUUCAUAACUGGUGAUGAAGAAAGCGAUCAACAGUCUGUUUUCUGCUCACUGGGUCUAUCAUACCAGUCUAUUAAAAAUGCUCAAAUCCGUAAUCAUUUCAAAAUGAGCUCUACAAUGACAGGCAUUCUUAUAAACAAAAUAAACUUGUGGUCGGGUGCCUACGGAGUUUUGAAAAAGAAUGACAUCAUUCUUGCCAUUGAUGGUGUUCCAGUAGCAGAUGAUGCCACAGUUCCUUUUUGGGAAAAUGAGCGGAUAAGUUUUAAUUAUUUGAUUUUAAUAAAGAAACCAGGCGAAACUAGCUUGAUCAAAGUUUUGCGAAGAGGAAAAGAACAUGAGUACAGCAUUAAUCUAAAGCCCGUGAAACCACAUGUUAGAGUGCAACAAUAUUAUAAACGUCCAAGUUAUUACAUAUUCGGCGGUUUUGUUUUUGUGCCAAAAAGCGAUAUUUCCAAAUGUGAACAGCAUGUCUUUAUCUCUGAGAUACUGGCAGAUGACAUCAACCAAGGAUACGAAAGUUUCAAAGAUUUGCAGGUGGAGAAAGUGAACAAAGUAAAGGUAAAGAAUCUAAGGCAUCUAUCUGAGCUCAUAGAGGAAAAUCGUAAACAAUAUUUGAGCAUGGAUUUAGAAGAUGACAAGGUUUUAGUCCUCAACUAUGAAUCUGCUAAAAAGGCAGAUCCUAUUAUCUUGAAACGCCACAACAUAACAUCUGCCAUAUCUAAGGAUCUAACUGGGCCCAGUAACUAG